AUGGAUCCUCGCACGGCAGACCCCGUGCAAUCUAUAUGGCGGGACCUGCCCGAAGAUACGUUCCGCGAACACCUGGUCCGGCUUGAAGAGCGUACUAACGCCGUGCCAAUGGACGUGCAACAAUUUGAUGUCUCGACUAAUAUCAAAAGCCACCGCAGCGGUCAUCUGUUGUCAGUUAACGAUGAACAGGGUCUCGCAAACGCGUUUGCAUUCUUAGUGGCCGUGGAGGAAGGUGCGCAGAGCGUGGCGGCGGUCUGUCUCGAAGAAGACGUCAAGCUCACCACUCUGACCAUCCGCUUUGCUGCUGUCGAUGCCAUCAGCGAAGCCGUCCAGGGGGCAUUACGCCACGUAAUCGACGUGUUGUCCGUGAAGAGUGACCGCCUGGUUGAUAGUCACUUGAAACUUGACGAGCUGUUCCGGCUGGUCACAAAGAUGCAUUUCCGACGCAUCCUCGCCCGCCUCCGCUCCUCGAAAUGGACCAAGCCGAAGUUCCUCUCUCGCAGCCACAAAAAGCCAUUGUGGCAGGACUUUGCGAAUCUAUCCCAUCGUGUACAAUUUCUCUACACGAAAAGAGAGCUUUCUAUCCGGCAGUCUCUCGAAGAGCAACUCGAAAACCUGACCAGAUUGUAUUCGUCAUUCGAAAUCGUGGCUCUGGACUCUGAUGAAGAAUUUGCCCACCUCAUCCGCCUUGUCCGUACGAGCUACGACUUUUGCACAUAUGAAGUGGUUCAAGAGUAUGCCAGGCGCCUCGAAAAUGCCGGACCAACGUCGCAAGUCCGCUCCGCCCUCAAGACCAUCCGACAAAUUGAGAAAAUUGCGGCCUAUUAUCGCAUCUCAAACACUCUCAUUCGAAUCUCACGUCUCUACCCGCAAUACUUUCAAGCCGAGAAACUCGUUCUGAAUUUUCUACCGCCAUAUGCUAGUGUCCCAACAAGUAUCGGGUACGAAGACUGGGCGAAGACAUGCCAUGUCCAUGCCGAGAUACAGCUGAUUGUUUACUACGAUAUGCACUUUUCGGACACUUUCACCUCCAAUUCAAGGUCUCAUGACUCACACAACGCCAACUUCCUUCCACCCCGUGUGAUUGGCACCAGCAAAUACCUUUGCUAUCUCUGCUAUCUCUUCAUGAAAGUGCAUGGUCGGUAUCCACCCGCCAACACGCACGGGCGUUUGUAUGAUCAAUGGACAAUACCCGACUGUGCCGACUUCGGCGAUGACCAACGCAAUUUCUACAGGUAUAUCAUACAGCAGAUAGACAAUGAGGUUCUGGCUCGAGCGUCAGAGCCACCCCUUUGGAGGCCGGAACCCAUGACAAGCAGAGAAAAUCUCCUUGAUACCAUGGGCGAUGAAUCUUCCACUGUAUUGUGGCGGAGACCGCCACCCGACGGAGGCCGCAAUGCUAUAUCUUGA